AAUCGUCAUUCAAAUGAGUGUGCUGUUAGUUAAUAUAUUACCAUUUAACUAAUAACUUGUUUCGGAUUUAUUCUCUGACAAACGUCCCUCGAUAUAUUGACAAAAAUAAAAUGGAAAUAUCCGGUGAUUUGGAACAAGAAAAAAUUAUUGAUGAAUUGCAAACUUGGUUUGAAAAUCAUCCCAAAUUACCAAAGAAAAUAAAUCGCAUACUUUUGACCCGUUUCUACUACUGUAUGUUCAAAGAUGUGAAGGAAACGAAGAACUUAUUAGAAACAAACUAUAGGCUGAGACAGAACGCGGGGGGUGUCUUUAUACAACGCGAUCCCAGCGACAAAGACACCCAAGCAUCGGCUGCUUAUGCAGAUAUUGUAUUUUUACCUGGAUUAACACCUUAUAAAUAUCGGGCCUCAGUUUUACGUAUUAGCGAUCCAGAUCCAAAUAAGAUGGACCAUCUCAGAGAUAUUAAAACCUAUUUUAUGGUUUCCGAUUAUCGUUUUGCCCUGCCCGAUGCGCAGGAUCCAACCACAGGCCUUGACCUCUUGGCCCAGGGUGAAAUUAUAAUUAUAGAUAUGGCAAAUUUCACCAUGAAACAUAUGACCCGUGUUUCGAUUAGAGCACUGCGGAUUUGCAUUAACUAUUUGCAGCGUGGCUAUCCUGUGCGCAUAAAGAGCAUUCAUUUGAUCAAUUGUCCACCCUAUAUGAAUAGAAUUCUUUCAAUUGUAAGGCCGUUUAUAAAUAAGCAGAUUUUGGAAUUGAUACAUUUUCAUAAUGACAAUCUGGAACUACUUUACAAUUUUGUGCCCAAGGAAAUGUUGACAGAAGAAUAUGGGGGUCCCUGCCGCAAGAUGAGCGAUCAUAAGGAUCAACUAUUGCAAUCGUUAAUAGAUACACGGAAUUAUCUUAUGGAUCCCGAUUACUGGAAGGUAUGAAGAAAUCUAAAAGGAAUAAACUACCUCCUGACGAUACAUUAUUUCGUGCUUUUAUUUUUUUAAGAAUAAAGAAAUAUGCUUAGAAUUA